CAAAUCUUGUGAGAAUUUCCUCUUCAUUUUCUUUCGAUUUUUAAAAAUACGUCAAAGUUUUGACAGUAUCUUGUACUGUACUAAUUAUUGUAUAUAAGUAAUAAAGAUCAGAUUCAAAAAGUUUAACAUCUUUCAAUUCAAAUUUAAUAUGUCUUCCCGGGGUUUAUCCGAAACUAAUAAAUUAAAGCAUAAUCUUGAAGAGCAAUUAGAUCGUCUUGUAUCACAACUUUCUGAUUUAGAAGAAUGCGAAAGUGAUAUGGAUGAGGAUGAAUUUGCAGAAGCCAAAGCUGAAACUGUUGACCAGCUCCGAGAAUUUAAUGCUACACUUUCAAAAAUUAUGUCCGGAAACAUGACUCUUGUUGAUGAGCUUGGAAACAUGCAGCUGGCUAUUCAAGCUGCAAUUAGUAAUGCUUUCAAAACCCCAGAAGUUAUAAGGAUGUUUGCUAAGAAACAGCCUGGACAAUUGCGAGAGAGAUUAUCUGAACUAGAACGAGAUGCAAAAAUUGGUAAAUUGUCUCAAGAUGCUCUGAACCAACAGAAAAUUGAGAUAUUGUUUGUAUUAAAGAAACUGGGAGAGGAUUUAAAUCCUUCUGAAGCCCAUUUUCUGCAAUUACAUUCCACUGCUACUAUGAAAGAAUUUGAACAGAUUUCUGGAGAUUCAGGGACUAGCGAGAAAGUUUUGGAAACUGCAGCAUCUCAGCUGAAAUCAAUGUGAUUCUUUAAUUCAUCAAUAAUUGUCAUUUUAUUUGGUGUUGCUCAAUGUCUGUUUUAUAUUUUUUAUACCAACGUCUUAAUUGAUUUGUUGGUCUCUAUUUAUCGCAUCAAUGUAUGUUAGAAUAGAUUUUUUUAAGUUGAUUGUUGCUAAGAUGCAUCAUUAUAUAUGAUGUAUAUGAUAUGUUGCUGUUUAAUAAAUGCUGCUAAAUUGUUAAGUUAAUUUUGUCAUGUUUUUCCCUUUUUCUCUAUUAGAUAAACUGAUAAAUCAAGUAAUUUUCGUGAAAAUCUUAGUUGGACAAUGCUUUGCUUGUGUUAGAUGUUUUAUUUUAAAAACAACUUAACUAUUCUUUUAGAUUUGUUCUCAUGAAGUAAUUUAUCUCAUUUUUAAUUAUCUUUUUCUCAUGAUUUGUGGUGAUUUACAUUGUGUGUUGUUAAACAGAUUUAUUGACCAUGACAUACAAAUUAAAUGCAAAUUUUAAAAAUGAUAAUAAUAGUAAUUAAUUCAGGAAAAGUAAUGUAAGUAUACUUGCUCUGAUUGUUUAUAUACUUAAAAAAGAAUAGAUCAUAAUAUUCUGCUGACAUAUUUGUUUAUUUGUAUACAACUUAUACUGAACUUGUAUGUAAGUCAAAUUUUGGUACAAAAUAAAUAUUUUUUGAAGACAGGAUAAUUUUUCCAUAUUGAUG